GUUUGGUAAAUUAAAGUGUUUCUGGAAGUUUCAUAUGGAGAAAAAAGGAACGAUAGCUGACUGAAGCUACAGGUGUUUGCACACGGCCCGGAGCAGGACUGAGAGGCGACAUCAUAUGCCCCGUCCAGUCAGAGAGGAGGAGGUCUGCUGAAACACAGAAGGAGGCAUAGGAUUGCAGCGCCGUGUCCUUGUCCCAGCCUCCUGGCAGCGAGGAGCCACCCAGCAGCCGUGCUGUGAUUGGCUGGCGAGCGGGGGUCCUGACACAGCUCCAGACGUGUUUCAACAGAUGGUGGAGGUUAGAGAGUGUCAUCACAUCGCCGAGAGGAUUAGAGGAGAACGGUUGUCCUGCAGGAGCUGUGUGGUCUCCCCCCCUCCUCACACACUGUUUACUGACUUACUCUGCAACUUCAGAGACCCUCUCACACUCCUCUCAGAGCGAGGGGAGCCCCCGGAGAGAAACCAGAGAGGAACGCUCGGAGAGGAAUCCCCCCGCCUCGCCUCUUGCCUUCAGUCGCCCUCGUCUGAGAGAGCUGCCCGGCUUUGAGUGAGUGUCCUGGCUGGACUCCUUCUCCCUCCCUCCCUCGCUUCAUUAGUCUUCCUCCCCUCUUGGUCGGGGGAGCCAUGCUGCUGCAGUGCCUGGCCCUGGUGGCCCUGCUGUCUCCGGAUGGUGAGGCCUUCACCACCACGAGAGCCCAGAGCCUGAGGGGCCGCAUCCAGAGGGACCGCAGGAACAUCCGGCCCAACAUCAUCCUCAUCAUGACCGACGACCAGGACGUGGAGCUGGGUUCCCUGCAGGUGAUGAAUAAGACCCGUAAGAUCAUGGAGGAGGGCGGCACGUCGUUCACCAACGCCUUCGUCUCCACGCCCAUGUGCUGUCCGUCCCGCUCCUCCAUGCUGACGGGGAAAUACGUCCACAACCACAACACCUACACCAACAACGAGAACUGCUCCUCGCCCUCCUGGCAGGCGCAGCACGAGCCGCGCUCCUUUUCCGUCUACCUCAACAACACCGGCUACCGGACAGGCUUCUUCGGCAAGUACCUGAACGAGUACAACGGCAGCUACAUCCCUCCCGGGUGGCGCGAGUGGGUCGGAUUGAUCAAGAAUUCCCGCUUCUAUAAUUACACCGUGUGUCGGAACGGCUACAAGGAGAAGCACGGGGCCGACUACGCCAAGGACUACUUCACAGAUCUGAUCACCAACGACAGCACCAACUUCUUCCGCAUGUCGAAGCGAAUGUUCCCACACCGGCCCGUGAUGAUGGUCAUCAGUCACGCCGCCCCCCACGGCCCCGAGGACUCGGCCCCGCAGUACGCCGAGCACUUCCCAAACGCCUCCCAGCACAUUACGCCCAGCUACAACUACGCCCCCAACAUGGACAAGCACUGGAUCAUGCAGUACACGGGCCCCAUGAGGCCCAUCCACAUGGAGUUCACCAACUUCCUGCACAGGAAGAGGCUGCAGACGCUCAUGUCGGUGGACGACUCCGUUCAGAAGGUGUUUGACAUGCUGGAGGAAACGGGAGAGCUGGACAACACGUACGUCAUCUACACGGCAGAUCACGGGUACCACAUCGGGCAGUUCGGGCUGGUGAAGGGGAAGUCCAUGCCGUACGACUUCGACAUCCGGGUGCCGUUCUUCCUGAGGGGACCCAACAUCGAGCAGGGGGCCGUAAAUCCCCACAUGGUGCUGAACAUCGACCUGGCCCCCACCAUCCUGCACAUCGCCGGGCUGGACACGCCUGCGGACAUGGACGGGAAGUCCAUCCUGAAGCUGCUGGAGCAGGACCGGACUGGCAACAGAUUCAAAACCAACCGGAAACCCAAAGUCUGGAGGGACACAUUCCUGGUGGAGCGAGGGAAGAUCCUGAGGAAGAAGGAGGACUCGGUGGCCCCGCAGCACACCAACAGCCUCCCCAAGUACAAGAAGGUGAAGGAGACGUGUCAGCAGGCCGAGUUCCAGACGCCCUGCGAGCAACCCGGGCAGAAGUGGCACUGUGUGGAGGAGAUCUCGGGUAAGUGGAGGAUCCAGAAGUGUAAGGGAGGCUCUAAGGAGGGCUCCAGGAAGAGGGCGCGCAGUCUGAAGCCCCGCAGCAGCUACGACCCCCGGGAACCGGGCUGCGACUGUGGCCACGCUCUGCAGAAAUCCUCCAGACCCGAGCGGCGUGCACAACGGCAGCAGAGCGGCCAGCGUUUCCGACCUCGCUUCGUGCACACGCGUCAGACCCGCUCUCUGUCGGUGGAGUUCGAAGGUCAGAUCUACGACGUGGACCUCCAGGCGGACGAUCAGAUGGCCGUGCGCCGCCGCUCCAUCUCCAAGCGUCACCAUGACGACCCCGAGCUGCUCCCCGGGCUGGACGGCUCCGAGGAGAUGCUGGCCGACGACACCAAUGCUGUGGGGUACCUGAACUCUGUGAAGGUCACACACAAGUGUUACAUGCUGGUGAACGACAGCGUCCACUGUGAGAGGGAAAUCUACCAAUCCCCCCGAGCCUGGAAGGACCACAAGAGCUACGUGGAUCAGGAGAUUGAAGUGCUUCAAGACAAAAUCAAAAACCUGAGAGAGGUCAGAGGUCACCUGAAGAGGAUCCGACCUGAGGACUGUGACUGUGGGAAGAAGAGCUACUUUAGCAAAGGAGACAGAAACAAGGCUCAGAGAGGGAAGAGCAGGAAAGAUCAACUCCAUCCCUUUAAGGAGGAGGCGCAGGAGAACGACGGGAAGGCUCAGCUGUACAACGAGAUCCGCCGGAAGAAGAAGGAGAGGAAGGAGAAGAAGCGAGCGAGGAAAGGAGACGACUGCAGCCUCCCCGGACUGACCUGCUUCACACACAACAACGACCACUGGGCCACCGCCCCCCUCUGGACAUUGGGGGGAUUCUGCGCCUGCACCAGCUCCAACAACAAUACCUACUGGUGUCUGAGGACCAUCAACGAGACGCACAACACGCUCUUCUGCGAGUUCUCCACCGGCUUCCUGGAGUACUUCGACCUCAACAGCGACCCCUACCAGCUGACCAACACGGUGUACUCAGUGGACCGGGACGUCCUGAACUCUCUGCACGCUCACCUGAUGGAGAUGAGGAGCUGUCAGGGACACAAGCAGUGCAACCCCCGCCCAAAAGGCCCGGACGCAGCUCUGCAGUUUGGGACGGACGCCCGGGUUAAGCUGCCCAACCUGACGGAGGCGGGGGUGCACCGGCAGGGCCUGGAGGAUCUGUACCGCCUCGACGAGAGCCUCUACGAGCGCCGGCCCGCCUACAGCCCCGGCCCCGACGCCUGGCUCUCCUUCCAGACGGAUGUAGAUAAUAUGUUUGCACUGCGCCGCGCUUUUAUGAAACUCAACCGGACCCUGGAUGACCCCCCCCCGCCAGAGCUGGGCUCCGGUGCCGGGGAGGGCAGCGGAGACGAGCCGGGAUCGGAGGCCCCCCCCGCCCCCAGCAGCACCCCCGCUGCCAACGAGCUUCCCGAGAGGGUGGCGAACAGACCGGGCCCGAGGAGAGACGGCGGCUCCACCCCCCUGAGGACGCAGCAGCUGGAGGAGGUGGAGGGGGAGGCGUUCAGCGGCAACGGGAUGACCGAGCUGGAGACGCGUCACGACUCCCUGCUGCGCUUCCCCCACAGCCUGCAUGAGGGGGAGGAGGAGGAGGAGGAGGAGGAAGACAUUUUCCGGGCCCAGGGCCUCCUCCCUCUCUCCCCACAGACGCUGAGCGACCACGAGGGCAGCGGCUCUCGAGCGUUCAAUCAGAGCCUCUGAUUAACGAGUCGCCAUAGAGACAUGACUGACAGGCGCCCCCUCAGAGCGCCAGAGUUGUAAAAUUAAAUGAGUGUUUAUUUUUUUACAGGUGCCGACGAUUAUUAGUAAAACAGUAUUAUUUUCUUUUUCAAAUAUAUAUUUAGGAAAGAAAAAGCCUUACCGCAGCCGAGUGUUCAGAGGGGGUCAACCGGAUUUAUUCCUGAGGGAUGACACCGUCUUUUAAUAUAUGUUUUUAUGAAAAACUACGUGAGUGGUGAAACCAUCGCAGCUUCAGGUCAUCAACCCUCCCAUCACUGCAGAGAGAAAUAUCAAAUCUGGCCCCAGAUGCACUUUUUAACAUUUACGUUUCACAGGGAUGUAAAAUGAAGCCCUCAUUAGACAAAAGAACAAUCAAAACCUAUGGUGUUAAUCAUUUCUAUGCAGAAUUGUCAACCUGCUUCUUUAAAUAGUACAACAGUGAGUAUUUCUUUUUACACUCCCAAUCCUUAAUCCAUGAAUCAGGAUAAUAUUUUUAAGAUGAAUUGAUAAUGAAAAUAAUGAUAGUGGCAGCCCUAACAAGAGGAGUAUGUCUUUAUACUACUCAAAAAAAACUAGAUUGUGGAAAAAGUACCAAUCCUUUCUUCUUUUGAAAGUGUGACUUGUGUUACUGAUGCACCUGCUGGGGUUUGCACAUUUGUCACGUUAAUUAAAAAUGAGCCUCACGGUCACCGGGUGUUAACUUUGUCACAAACCUUCCCGUGGUGUUUGGUCCUGAUGUUCACUUCACUCUGAAUGUAACUGGAGUCCUUUAAAUUAAACCUGGUUAAAGACGAGUGCUUUAUUUUGAAAUAAAUGCAUCACUUCCUGUCUGUCCUUCAUCUGUACCGUUAGAAAUGUGUGUGCAAAAAGCUGCUGCUGCUGCUGCUGCUGUGCUUCUCUCUGUCGACAGUGUGUCUUAACUUUCAGGAAAGCCAUGAAGCUGUUCAGAAAUAAACUUUUCAACCUCC